GCUCGACGCGAGUCUAGCUAUUCGUAAAUUCCUCCCACCCACCCGAAAAGACAGGUUUAGGCAGUUGUGGCGGAAAAAUAAGCAAUAUAAGAAUGAUUACAAAGAGAAGGUUAGAUUAGGAACGAUUCUAGAAAACAGCCGGUGA